CAGUUUUUCAUCUGCUCUGGUCUGCACUGUGUGCACUGAUAGCGGGGGAUGAGUUACCGUUUGAUCACAGACAGCUGAGGAUGUAAGAAGUGACUGACUGACAGACAGCUGUCAAGACGCAGAUAUCUAUGUUCACUUUUUAUUUAUUAAUGAAAAGCUCCAAACAUUCAGGUGCACUGGGAAGAAAACGGAGAAGAGAGGAGGAAGAAAAGAAGCCUAAUAUAGAGGAGUCUCUUGCUGGACCAGACCCCAUCCUGGACCAGCACCCAUCCUGGACCAGCACCCAUCCUGGACCAGACCCCAUCCUGGACCAGCACCCAUCCUGGACCAGACCCCAUCCUGGACCAGCACCCAUCCUGGACCAGACCCCAUCCUGGACCAGACCCCAUCCUGGUCCAGCACCCAUCCUGGACCAGACCCCAUCCUGGACCAGCACCCAUCCUGGACCAGCACCCAUCCUGGACCAGCACCCAUCCUGGACCAGACCCCAUCCUGGACCAGCACCCAUCCUGGACCAGCACCCAUCCUGGACCAGCUCUGCUUCCCUGCCAUGUCCUGAGGUUUUGGAUCUAGUUCCUGCAGGAGUUCAGCCUCAUGUCUCUCUCUGAUGUCUUGUCUUGUUUUCUUGUCUCUUCUUCGUGUGUGUGACGGUGUGAUGUGAGUCUCCGCUGUCUGUCCUCCUGCCAGGUCUCCAUGGUGACAGAGGUCACAUGAUUCAGGUCCUAUUCUGCUCAGCGUCCUCUUCAUCACAUUCUUCAUAUAUAUUGUUAAUCCGUUAUGAUGCUGUUAUCCUGUUGAAUGCUGUGUUCUGUAAUGUGUCUUCUAUUGUUUCUAUUUCCUGUCGGUCCGUCCUGCAGAUGGAUCCUCCUCUGUUCUUCUUCCUGAACUUUCUUCCAUGUUUUCCCUGUUAAAGGGUUUUUUUGGGGAGUUUUUUAUUAUUUGAAUUGAGGGUCUGAGGACAGGAUGUUGUUCAGACUGUGAAUCCUCCUGAGACUAAUUUGUGAUUUUGGGUUAUAUAAAUAAAAUUGACUUGAGUUGACAUAAUUAUCAGGUUAUUAUCCCAUGAAUGUCACCAUAUUAUCAUUUUUAAUCAAAAUAUUUCACCAGUGUAACCUUAUUGUUGUCAUCAGGUUACUGUGUUGUUACCCUCAAUAAACAGUUCUGCCUCAUAUUACUACA